AUGAAGCGAGUCUUACUAUUGUUUUCAACGUGUUACUUUGUGGGCGCGUUAGACCUACCUUCUGAAUGGUCCAAAUGCAAGCGCUCCGAUCCCAACCCUCUGAACGAUUGCGUCAAAAAUGCCCUGAACGUGAUUCUACCAACCCUGAUCAAAGGCAUACCCGCAUUAAAAAUGGACCACGUUUUGCCAUUGAAAGUCGAGGAAAUGUCGAUCGAAGAAGGCAGCGGACCAGUGAAGGUGGUGCAACAUUACAAAAACGUAGAGUUUCGCAACAUAGAGGCAGCAACGACUGAAAGUGUUGACGCAACUUUCAACGAUGACGACUUCAAGCUUGUCUUGAAACUGUUCGGGGAGGAUGUAACCCUAUUUGCCGACUAUGAUUUCGACGGGUUCAUCCUUUUUCUACCGAUGGUGGGCAAAGGGAAAGCGACAAUCUCGACUAAGAACAUCACUGUAACAGUGAGGAUGGUGGGGGAUGUACCCACAGUAAAAAAUGAUAGGUAUGCCAAACUAAACAGUAUUGAAGUAACACUAGAGCCCAAAGGUGCUCAAAUAGAGUUCACGAACCUCUUCGAAGGUAACGAGCAACUGGGGGCCGAGAUGAACCAUAUACUGACCAUGGAAUGGGAAGCUCUAUUCCACGAUGUUAAGCACGGAUACGAAGAAGCUGUGGGACAGGCGAUUAAGUUUACCAUAGAUCAAUUGUUUACGAAAGUACCCUACAACAAUUUAUUUCUAGUAUAA